CGGGGGAGCCCAGGGACAUGGUGAAGCUGGACGAUGAGGAGGGGGCAGCGGUGGCACCCGGGCACCAGCCCACCAAUGGAUACCUCCUGGUGCCGGGAGGCGAGCCCCCCGGAAAAGUGAGCGCCGAGCCGCAGAACGGGCCCAAAGCCGGCUGCCUGACCCUGAAUGGAGUGUCUCGGGACAGCCUCGCGGCCCCGGCGGAAGCCCUAUGCAGGCCGCAGACUCCGCUGGCUCUAGAGGAGGAGACCCAGACCCGGCUGCUGCCCACCGGCCCCGGGGAGGAGACCCCGGGGGCCGAGGGCUCCCGAGUUCCCCAGACCGCGCUGUCUGCGCGGCGCUUUGUGGUGCUACUGAUCUUCAGCCUGUACUCGCUGGUGAACGCCUUUCAGUGGAUCCAGUACAGCAUCAUCAGCAACAUCUUCGAGGGCUUCUACAGCGUGUCCUCCCUGCACAUUGACUGUCUGUCCAUGGUGUACAUGCUGGCCUACGUGCCGCUCAUCUUCCCGGCCACGUGGCUGCUGGACACCAGAGGCCUUCGGCUCACCGCCCUGCUGGGCUCAGGCCUCAACUGCCUGGGCGCCUGGAUCAAGUGCGCCAGUGUGGAGCCCCAUCUCUUCUGGGUCACCAUGCUGGGCCAGUGCCUGUGCUCAGUGGCCCAGGUGUUCAUCCUCGGCCUGCCCUCCCGCAUCGCCUCAGUGUGGUUUGGGCCCAAGGAGGUAUCCACAGCUUGUGCCACCGCCGUGCUAGGCAAUCAGCUUGGAACUGCAGUUGGCUUUCUGCUACCACCAGUCUUAGUGCCCAACAUACAGAAUAACACAGAUCUUCUGGCUUGUAAUAUCAGCACCAUGUUUUAUGGGACAUCAUCUGUCGCCACGUUUUUAUUUUUUUUAACAAUAAUUGCAUUCAAAGAAAAACCUCAGUAUCCACCAAGUCAGGCUCAAGCAGCACUUCAAAAAAACCCCCCUGCUGAGUACUCCUAUAAGAAGUCAAUAAAGAACCUAUUUAGAAACAUUCCUUUUGUCCUUCUGUUGAUCAGUUAUGGUAUCAUGACUGGAGCAUUUUAUUCAGUGUCAACAUUAUUGAAUCAAAUAAUACUGAGAUAUUUUGAGGGAGAAGAAGUGAAUGCUGGAAAGAUUGGGCUGACAUUGGUAGUGGCUGGAAUGGUGGGCUCUAUUCUGUGUGGCUUAUGGCUUGAUUAUACCAAAACAUACAAACAGACUACUCUGAUAGUUUACAUCUUGUCUUUUCUUGGAAUGGUUAUAUUUACUUUCACAUUGGACCUUGAAUACAUCAGCAUUGUGUUUGUUACUGGCGGGGUGCUUGGUUUCUUCAUGACUGGUUACCUCCCGUUGGGUUUUGAAUUUGCUGUUGAAAUCACUUACCCUGAAUCUGAAGGCACCUCAUCGGGCCUUCUUAAUGCGGCCGCACAGAUAUUUGGAAUUCUGUUCACAUUGGCUCAAGGAAAACUCACAACAGAGUAUAAUCCUCAGGCAGGGAACAUUUUCCUCUGUGUUUGGAUGUUUCUAGGCAUCAUUUUAACAGCGUUAAUCAAGUCUGACCUCAGAAGACACAAUAUAAAUAUAGGAAUCGCAAACGGUGAUAUUAAAGCUAUACCAGUUGAAGAUACAGUUGAAGAUAGUCCCACAGAUCAAGAAUCAAAAACUGUUACAAUGUCCAAGCCGUCAGAAUCGGCAAUUUGAAAUGAAAGAAAAAGUUAACGUCACGUGAUAGUUGAGCAGUAAGGCUUGGUUUAAAAGUUACGGGAGAUGGAUACUUACUUGAAAAUUAUUAUGUGACCCAUAAUUACUGUCUUGCUUAAUUGUAACCUUAAGCAAGACUUUGCUUAACAGACUGGCUUAUCUCAUAUUAACACUACCAUUUAUCUACCGAGCUCUCCACUGGUAGCUGUGUCUUGUCAACCUGAAAGUAAGCUUCAUGAUGUGUGUUUUCCAGAAGUGUUUGUUUAUUUUUGUAGAAAAUGGAAGGUUAGAAAGCUUUCUAAAAUGAUAAUGUGGAGGCCUAAUCCCCAUAAAUCACAUGGGAGUUCAUGCAGUUUAGAACCAAGUGAGCAAUAUAUACCUAAUUGGCUCCUUUCCACUGUUCUGAGUAACUAACUGUCAGUCUCCCUCAGUGGGAGUACGUUACACCGCGACGCUCCUGACCUACCAAAGGACAGCACUGGGACGACGCUUGCGUGGAACCUCUAACAUUUUUCCCAUUUCUUACAUUUUUGUCAAACAGUGCUCACAACUAUUCUGUGAACAGGUUGACCCCAUGACUUUGGUCUUAGACUUGAGUUCUAAUGAAGCUAAGGAGCCCAGACACAGACUCAUUAUCUUGAGCUUUCUGCACUGCCUUCCUAUCAUGGUAUAAAUGCUAAUACUGUUUUCUCACUUUAACUUGACAGAGUAAUUUGUACCUACUGCCUUGUCUACUCUCUUUUCCCACACAGGCAUAUCUUGGAGAUACUGUAGCUUCAGCUCCAUACCAUUCAGAGUAAAGCAAAUAUCACAAUAAAGUGAUACAAAUGAAUUCUUUGGUUCCCCAAUACAUAUAAAAGUCAUGUUUACUUUAUUCUGUAGUCUAGUAGGUGUGCAGUAGACUGAAGGAGCAAUGAACAUACCCUCAGUGAAAGCAGACUUAUUGCUACAAAACGCUAACCAUCAGCUGAACUUUCAGUAAGUCAGUCACCAAUCAUAGGUCACCGUAACAAAUAUAAUAAUAAUGAGAAAGGUUGAAAUAUUGCAAGAAAUACAAAAUGUGACACUGAGACAUGAAAUGAGCAAAUGCUUUUGGAAAAAUGGCACCAACACACUCGCUCGAUGCAGGGUUGCCCCAAACCUUCAAUUUGUUGGAAAAAGAAAACACAAACCCCACAAUAUCUGUGAAGUGCAGUACAUGAAAGCACAAUAAAAUGAGGCAUGCCUGUAUAUAUAACUUUGUAGUAAGAAAAUGUCAUCCUCUGUGUUCCUGGCUUUUUCAUGAUUUCUUGUAUCGCCACUAAUACUUUGACUUGAAGAUUGCAAAGAAACCUCUGGAAACUUAGCCUAGCAGUUCUCAUUUAGUGAAGACCUCUUAAAACGCUUUAAUUCUCUACUAGCUUCCGUAUGACCAUUCUCCUCUGAGGAACACUGUGCCAGGGAUGCGCUCCUGCAGCGUGCUGUGGGAGGGUGUUCUUUUCCUCACCGAGUGUACACACUGUCCAGAAGGCCUGCCCUUCCACUGCUCAGGGCAAGGACAAUAGGACCGAAUGCAUUUCUACAGUGCCUACCGCUGCGCGUUGUUUACAGCGAGAAUUUAUAUGUUGUUCGUGUCCUGACUCUCUACGCUGAUAGGGAAUAUCUUUAGAAUACUGACAUCUAAACAGCCAUAAUAUUUACAUUAUGUCCACAUAAACAAAACAAAACAAUAAAAGGCCAUUCAGGUAUACGCUUGAGUACCCUUGAGGUAAACUAGCAAUUCUGAUUUGGGCAGAUUAUAUGCAUUGCUUUAUAUUGCCAUUAUAACAUCCUCUGUAAUCCAAUGGCAGUAAAAUGAUGUAGAAUCUUAUCCUGGAGAAUGUGUCACCAGAAGAACUUAGGGGGGAGUCAGGAGCUCUGGGUCUGUGACCUGUAUCUGUUUCUAGCCGUCCCUGUCACUCUCCAGGCAGCACUUUCCUUGUCCAUAUAAUGGAUGGAUUCAGUUUGAUCUCGAAGACCUUUUUUGAAUCUUAAAUGCCAUUCAUCAUGUGGGUAGACCAUAUCACUGUACCACAGGAACUGAAAUCUAGCUAGAGAAAAAUCCCUUAGAAAACUGGAGAAACAGCUGUGAUUGUUACUUUGUGGAUAUGGGGGAUUUAAAAUCUGUUUUUAUAGCUUUUUUAUUCAGUUGGUGAUAGCUCAGGCAAUAGGCGGAACCAUUAACAUCCUUAGGUAUUUACAUCAUAGGUUUUAUGGCCAAAAAUAUAUCCUAAGAUCCUGUCUAAAUAAUUAUUUUUAUUUUUGAACUAUCAGUGUUGUUUAGAAUAAUCAUGUACUUGUUGAGUUCUUGAGCUUUUGAAAAACAUUACAGAUAAAAGUUGGAAUACCUUAUUUCCAAAAAGCAUAUGCAUAUAUGUCAUGAUUAGAAAACAGAUGAAAUAUGAUGUGACAAAACAUAAAAUAUAAAAUGAAUUGAUAAUUUUUCUGUAUUUUGAGUUAACGUUGCCUGUAGUAUGUGAAAUAAGAAUGUCAUAUAAUUCUAUGUCAAGUCUUUGGAAAAUAGGGUUGGGUAGCCGUCACGUGUAAAUUUUAAAUAAUCUUAGAAAGAAAUUGUAUGCUUUCAAAAGUUGUUGCAUUUAUAAACUUCGCCCCCCAAAAAUACUAUAUUUUGCCUUUUGUGAACAUUGGAGAAAUGUCUUUAAAAAUAUGUUUAUAUGUAAACUCAGAGUAUUGCCCAAAAGAAUUCCUGUCUCUAUGAAGUCAUCUUUCAUGUUUGAAUUUUUGUGUUUUGUACUAUUUGUCUGUAUGCUUGUUCUCCAGUGUUUCAGACUUGAAAUAAAUUUAUUUUUUUAAUGUUAA